GCGACAUUGAGGAACUUCGACGAACUUGGCGAUAAAGCGAAGGAUAUUGCUGUACUUAGAGAAUUUGUCAAUUCUCAUUUUAAUCCUCCGGGAUCGGAACUCGUGGAAUGGUUUCCUCGUGAUUGGGUCGACUUUCCUUCAACUUUUUUGAAUAUACACGGACUACCACCACCGAAGCAUGGGCAGCCUCCAUCAUUUACAUCGAAUUUGGAGAGAUUUAUGCCAGUAAUUCUGAGAAACUUUCUGCUGCAAUUUGUGAGAGUACGCGAUGAUGUUCGUAGACAUCAAGAUCACUAUUCUCUUCUAUAUGUACCUCAUCCUUUCAUUAUACCAGGUGGUCGGUUCAGGGAAUUCUAUUAUUGGGAUUCGUUUUGGAUAUUGAAAGGUCUCAUUUUCUCUGAAAUGUACGAAACAGCGAGAGGAAUCAUUAAAAAUCUUGCGUUUAUGGUCGAUAAGGGGGGGAUUAAAAGUGAAAUUUUUUAUACGAAUGGGUUUGUGCCAAAUGGUGGCCGUGUGUAUUAUCUCACACGUUCCCAGCCACCGCUCUUAAUACCAAUGGUGUACGACUACUUUCUCGGUACCGGCGAUUUAGAUUUUGUUCUGGAGGUGCUACCAACACUUGAGAAGGAAUAUCUGUUUUGGAUAAAACAGAGAUCUCGAAUCUACAAAGACGAGAAUGGUACAGAAAAAUUCCCAUAUUACCAAUAUAGAGCGACGCUGAAAGUCCCACGUCCAGAAUCAUACCGUGAAGAUUACGAAAUGGUUCACCACUUGAAAAGAGAUGAUAUAGAAGAGAAGACGCGUAUGUGGUCGGAAAUUGCAUCGGCAGCCGAGACAGGCUGGGAUUUUUCGACGAGAUGGUUUGCUCAAGAUGGUGAAGACAAGCAUGCAAUGAGAAGUAUUAGGACGUGGAGUAUCGUUCCAGUCGAUCUGAAUGCGUUCAUGUGUGUGAAUGCUCGAAUUUUGGCCAGUCUAUUUGAAAUCAGAGGGGACUUCAAGAAAGUGGCCUUCUAUCAACAACGUUAUGAGUUAGCAAAGCGUGAGAUGAAAGAAAUUCACUGGAAUGAAACGGAUGGAAUUUGGUACGACUACGAUUUAGAGAAAAAGACGCAUUCAAACAUCUACUAUGUGUCAAAUGCCGUGCCGCUUUACGCAAAAUGUUAUGACGAUGAAGAUGAUGUUACACCUCACAGAGUGCACCAGUACUUGAAGUCAGCAGGAGUCAUGAAUUUCACGAAAGGCUUGCCCACAUCUUUGGCCAUGGGAAGCGAGCAACAAUGGGAUAAGGAAAACGCAUGGCCACCAAUGGUUCAUAUGGUUGCUGAAAAAAUGGCUACGUCUUGGCUUUCUGUUACAUACCAAGCAUUUAUUCGGACACACGCUAUGUUCGAGAAGUACAAUGUGACAACGUUGACGGAAGAAAUGUCCGCCGGUGGUGGUGGAGAAUACGAAGUUCAGACUGGAUUUGGCUGGACAAAUGGCGUGAUUCUGGACUUACUCGACAAAUACGGCGACAAAAUGAAGGGCUCAUCAAGCAUAUCUCCACUAGCCGCACUAUGCGUAUUAGCUGUAGUUUUAUAUUUAGAC